AGUGAACCCUGUAUAACUGGAGAGAGAAAAAAAAAAUAUUUGAAUUCUUCGCACAAAAAAUAAAAUAAUUAUUUAUUAUUUGUGCGAUAUUUUUUCAGCGACAAACGUUAUAGUUUUCUUCAUCCGCGAAUAAAACACGUUGUUGCCGAUGUUGGAGAUAACGGUGUAACGAAUUUCAAUCCUUUUUGUUUCUUAUCAAGCUGCGAGAUUCGGUAAUAUUUCGUGUGUCUUAGAUUUCGUUUCACGAAUACUGAGGAUUUUUCAAAAAGUAUUGUUGAUUCUCCUUGCUAACACUUGGGGAGUAAAUUCUGAUGCUUAGAGUGGUGAAUGGAGGAGGUUUAAUUUAAUUAACAAUAUAAUAAGAGUUGUUUGGUGAAUCUGUGAUUGUGGUUUUGUUUUCAUGGAAGUGGUUGUGUUAUUGUGAAAACACUUGAAGGGUAUUUGACUAAUUCAUGGAAAUUUCUUCCCUUGGUUGUUUGGUGUUAAUAAUUGAUAGAAAGAGGGUAACUUGUAGUGUGGAGUUUGGUUAGUGAAUGUGAGAGUGAGUGAAGGUAAAAAUGGAAUUGUGGGUUGUUGCAGCUGUUGCUGGAGCUGUUUAUUUAGCUAAAUAUUGGAAAAAAAGUUGGGAAAAUGGCAAUAGCUCUUAUCAUUUGUCGUCAGAGGAUUCGAAGUUUGACAAUGUUGAGUCCUUGAACUGCCCCUUAUCCUUCCUAAAACAAGUGCCGAGACGUGAAACAGGAAAGGAGGUUUCUUUAGGUAGAAAUGGUUUGAAUGAGAAGUAUUCAGAUGUAAGCUUUUUAGAAGGUCCUUCUAUUGGAGACGUGGCUUCUAAUAGAGGGUUUAAUUGUGAAAAUAUGAGACAGUUCCGGAAUUAUAAUAAGAGUGAUUUACUAUCUAUAUCGAACUUAGCAGUGCCGUUUGCCCCAUAUGAUGAUAACUUUAAGGAUGGUGAAGAUGGAAACGAGCAAAAUACUGAUAUUUUCGGCAAUCGUGGUUGCUUUCUUCCUGAUUUAUCGGCCAAAGUUGUUCCUAUUCACAAUUCAUUUGGACAUAAAACCUCUCUCAGGUCGAAGUGUUUUACUGGGCAUGAUAGUAGACCAUUAAAUUCCUUAGAAAGUUGUUUCAUGGCUCAGCUGUACAAAGAGCAUGCCAAAAUGGAAGAGUAUGUCUUUAGUCCUCUCUCAUCACCAUCUAUGGCCACACGGCCAUUUCGUGUAAGCAAUGGAAGCCGAAUACUCAAUAGAGAAAAUGAUACUUUGAUUGGUGCAUCAACUGGAAGCAAGCAGCAUAAGUUGCAACCUGGUCGAGCAAAAGAGGAAAGUGCAGUCGGGGUUCCUUCCUUACCGAAAAUUGGAUAUUUAAAUGAUACCAAGAAGAAGAAAUUUGAUGGAGUUAUUGGGCGAAGUCGAAGGUCAAGCUUUUGUGAUGACAUGUUUAGUGGAAAACUCGUCCAUACUCAAUAUGAUCCAACAUUUCUCUUUAGUCUUGGGGUGUCUUUUGGGAUAAUAACUUCCAUCAUGGCAAAUAAAAGAGAAAUAGUCAAGCUAAGAGAACUGUUGAAGAAGAGUGAGAGUUUGGUUCAAGAUCUACAAGACGAACUUGAUAUGAAAGAUUCGAUGACUGUGAAGGAGUUACAACAUGAAAAUUAUGGUUCACAGGAUACAUGUGAUCAUUCGUUCAGUGGUAAGGAGCUACAUGAAUCUUCCCCUGAAAAGCAUAUGGAUAACUCUCCAAGAAUUGACCGCAAAGAAUCGCACGAUAAGAAGGAAGAAGAAAGUUCAGAAUCUAUGAGCAAAAUUGAAGCUGAGCUUGAAGCCGAACUUGAGAGAUUAGGGUUGGACAUGAAUGCAUCAAGUCUGGAAAGAAAAUUAUCUGAGCUUGUUGAGAUUGACCCAGAGUUUGUAGCAGAUUUUGCUCAAGGUGAGUUGCUAGCUGAUUUGGUCAGUGAGACAGGUGUCAAUGUCAUAACACCUCUUCCUGCAAACUAUGCAGUUUCGCCUCAUGAACUGAGUUUACGUUUGCAUGAAGUCGUACAAUACCAACUCGAGGAACGAGUGAAGGAGCUUGAGAUUGCCCUUGAAACUAGUCAGAGGAAAGUAAGGUUUUUGGAAUCUGAGCAUAAUGGUAGUUUCAAAAUAGCAUCUCCGUCCACUAAAGGAAACUUACCGACUCAUGAAGACUGUGACAGUGACAAUGUUUCUCAGCCCUUAAUUCUCAAUUUAUCAGGUGAAGCUUUAGAUGCAUACAAUGAAGCCUAUGAAGAAUUGAUAAAGAUAAAUGAUUCUGAAGACAAUUCACCAUCAUCAGCCAUUCAUGAUAGUGACCACAAAGAAGGUUCAGUUUCACAUGAUUGGAGUGCAGCUGUUUUUCAAGACGGUUCUGCGACGUACUCGAUGGUUGACGAAGGAAAUCUGUCAAGAGAUGUCUGUUCUAUCAAAGAGACAAUGUUGGAAGGGCAAAGCUCUAGUGAAUUGAAUGUUAGUGGAGAUGAUGAAAGUAGUGAUUUUGAUAAUGAGGUGGAGAGGCAAUUGAUUAGGCAAAUUGUUGAAAGGACCAAGAAAGGUUCUCCUCUUUUUCAAAAUGCAAAAAAGAUAUUGUAUUCUAUGGAUGAAGAUGAACAACAUUGAUAUCAUCUAGUUUUUAGGAUUGAAGGAAUAGAAAAAUAGUAACUUUUUACUGAUUUAUUAUUA